AUGGCGAUGUACACAAACAGAAUUGUGCGUUGCUCGAAAUCAAACCCAUUUUUCUCGGUGUUAUCGCGUAAUUUCGGUAAUAGUUCCAGUGCCCGCAAAUGGUACCAACACCCGACCGUUCGGUACAUAUGUUUGGUGAGUGGUGGUUUGCUCGCGUUCACUGCCGCGACCUAUCGAAAUCGUCCCAGGGUCUAUGCGCUUCAGCUGCGAAAGGAUGAAAUUGCGGACAAGGCCAUUAAGCUCACGGCUCGCGAACGACGUUUCAUCAAGUUUGCCUCGGUCGAGUUCGAUGGACAGAUUUACAUGACACCGCAAGACUUUCUGGAGUCGGUCGUCGAACAGGAGCCGCGACCGCGGCUCAAAAGGAAGUCAUUAACGCAUGGCGAGAUUCAGCAGCUGAAAGAUUACACGCCACCGUUGAAGCACGGUUCGUCGCAGCUUUUCCGCAGCCUUCGCGACAAAGGCAUAAUUUCGUACACUGAGUAUCUCUUUCUGCUUUCCGUGCUUACAAAACCUCACUCCGGUUUCCGCAUUGCCUUCAACAUGUUCGACACCGACGGCAAUCAGCGGGUUGACAAGGAUGAGUUUCUUGUGAUUCGUCAGCUGCUCGGAGGAUCGCUGAAGGAUCGUGAUCUCGAUGAGGCCACGCGUCAAGCUCUGCUGCAUCUCGUGUCGACCAGCGCGCAAGCGAGAUUUUUACUGAAAAACGAUAACGAACGAAAGUCGCAAACUACUGUCGCUGAACAGCGCAAACCGGGUCAAACGUACGCUGCGGGCGGCGGCAGGGAUGGUGGUGAUGAGGGGGAAACAAAAACGCCACCGGUCAAGAAGGGUAUCACGGCACGAUUAAUGGAGAAAAUUUUCAGCUUCGCCUGGAAGGGAAAGCGUGGCAUUGAAAGCAAGGAAGGCGAAGAACCCGGAGAACACGAUGACUACGUAGACGACGAGCAAGGUCUACAGCGGAAGCAUAAGGUCGAUACAUCGCUACAGAUACACUUCUUCGGCAAGAAGGGUGAUAAAGAUCUGCAGUACGAUGGGUUCUAUAACUUCAUGAAGAACCUCCAGACCGAGGUACUCGAGCUGGAAUUUUGCGAAUUUUCCAAGGGCCACGAGCGCAUCUCGGAGGUGGAUUUUGCAAAAAUCCUGCUCCGCUACACGUAUCUGGAUACGGACGAGUACGACAACUACCUGGACCGUCUGCUGGACCGAGAGGCUAAAGAAAAGGGCGUAUCAUUCGAUGAGUUCCGACAAUUCUGCCAGUUUCUGAACAAUCUCGAUGACUUCUCGAUCGCGAUGCGCAUGUACACGCUUGCCGAUCAACCGAUUUCAAAAGAUGAAUUUUCUCGUGCAGUUAAAAUAUGCACCGGUUCGGAACUGAACUCGCACCUGAUCGACACCGUGUUUGCGAUCUUUGACGAGGACGGUGAUGGGCUGCUGUCGUACAAGGAAUUUAUCGCCAUCAUGAAGGAUCGCGUACAUCGCGGAUUCAAAGUAAGUCACUACGAGCACGUCGUCGAAGAUUAUCUGGAUGAUAUCGAGAAGGGUACGGUUUAUGCGGAUAACUUUCGGCAGCUGCUCAAAAUGCGGUCGCGGGCCUGCCGAAGGUUGCGCCGGUACUUGCUCUACUUUUACUAUCAUCCGGACCAUGGGCACAGUGAUAGCACGCGCCACUAUCGCUAG